UCCCAGGAACCUCAUUAGCCCUCCUCCUCAGGCUGGCUCCUCCUUCUCCAGGCGCGGGGCUCGUGCCCGCCGCUGCCAGCGCGCAUCGCGCAUCGCGCCUCCGCGCCCCCACCCCCGGCUCCUGCCGUCGCUACUCCCUCCUCCUCUUCCUCCUCCUCCGCCCAUCACCGCCACUACGGACGCCUUCGCCGCCUACUCCUCGCGCGGCCGCGGCUCCUCGCGCUCUGCUCCAGCUUCCACCAGCCCAUCCCUUUGCUGCCUGUUCCUUAGGCUGCUGCAGUCAGUCUCUCUCUCUCUCUCUCUCUCUCUCUCUCUCUCUCUCUCUCUCUCUCUCUCUCUCUCUCUCUCUCUCUCUCUCUCUCCUCUUCUCCCCUCUCUCUUCUCUGUUUUUCUCCUCUCUCUUUCUCAAGUUUUCCAUUUCCCCAGAAUCAGAGCUACUGGAGGAAAACAUCUACUUCUGCUUGCUGUUCAGCUUCGCAAACAAGGAAGAUGGAGACAAAAUUGAACACCUGCAAUGUACGGUCUCUGCUGCUUGUUUUCCUGGUGUGGCACCCAGCCAGGUUGGUGCUGGCUAACAUCCAAGAAGAUGAGGCUAAAAAUAACAUUACCAUCUUUACAAGAAUUCUAGACAGACUUCUGGAUGGUUACGAUAAUCGGCUUAGACCAGGACUGGGAGACAGUAUUACUGAAGUCUUCACUAACAUCUACGUGACCAGUUUUGGCCCUGUCUCAGAUACAGAUAUGGAAUACACCAUAGAUGUUUUCUUUAGACAAAAAUGGAAAGAUGAGCGUUUAAAAUUUAAAGGUCCUAUGAAUAUCCUUCGACUUAACAAUUUAAUGGCUAGCAAAAUCUGGACUCCAGAUACCUUCUUUCACAAUGGGAAAAAGUCAGUGGCUCAUAAUAUGACAAUGCCCAACAAGCUGCUUCGAAUCCAGGAUGAUGGAACACUGCUAUACACCAUGAGGCUUACAGUUCAAGCUGAAUGUCCAAUGCACUUGGAGGAUUUUCCAAUGGAUGCACACUCAUGCCCACUGAAAUUUGGAAGCUAUGCAUACACAACAUCAGAAGUCACUUAUAUUUGGACUUAUAAUGCUUCUGACUCUGUUCAAGUUGCUCCUGAUGGGUCUAGGUUAAAUCAAUAUGAUUUGCUGGGCCAGUCAAUUGGGAAGGAGACCAUUAAAUCCAGCACAGGUGAAUAUACUGUAAUGACAGCUCAUUUCCACUUGAAAAGAAAAAUUGGGUAUUUUGUGAUUCAGACCUAUCUGCCUUGCAUCAUGACUGUCAUUCUCUCCCAAGUGUCGUUCUGGCUUAACAGAGAAUCUGUGCCUGCAAGAACUGUGUUUGGAGUGACAACUGUUCUCACCAUGACGACACUCAGCAUCAGUGCUCGAAAUUCUCUCCCCAAAGUGGCUUAUGCCACCGCCAUGGACUGGUUUAUUGCCGUUUGUUACGCAUUUGUGUUCUCGGCCCUAAUUGAAUUUGCGACUGUGAAUUACUUCACCAAAAGAGGAUGGGCUUGGGAUGGGAAGAGUGUAGUAAAUGACAAGUCCCCUUCAAUAAAAGCUGAAGGCAUUAUAUUCACACACAACUCAGUGAAGGCAUUUCUUCAAGGAGCUAAACUAAUAUGGUCCAAGUAUAUAGCUUUCUCAUGGUCCAGUUUAAGCCAAGCAAAGCCUUUAGAGUACUUACAGAAGCGGAUGGACUGUUUAAUCUUCACACACUCUUCUAAAAAAGAAAAAGGUUCCGUCAUGAUACAGAACAAUGCCUAUGCUGUGGCUGUUGCCAACUACGCCCCCAAUCUUUCCAAAGAUCCUGUUCUCUCCACCAUCUCUAAAAGUGCAACGACACCAGAACCCAACAAGAAGCCAGAGAACAAGCCAGCUGAAGCCAAGAAAACCUUCAACAGCGUCAGCAAAAUUGACAGAAUGUCUAGAAUAGUUUUCCCAGUUCUGUUUGGUACAUUUAAUUUAGUUUAUUGGGCUACCUAUUUAAACAGGGAGCCUGUAUUAGGGGUCAGUCCAUGAGUCUAGACAUUGGUUACCUUUUGGCUAUAGCAACAUUACACUUGGUUUAUUUUGCUAUGUACAGUCUUACUAAUAACUGCUAAUUUAUGUCCCAAUAUGUACAGUAUGUAUAUAGUGGUAGAGCUUACCAGUAGACCUCUAAAGGGGACCUGCAUUUGCUAACUCAUGGAAAUACAGGCAGAAAACAUCCCGUGCCAAGAGCCAUUGCCUUUUAAAAAGAUUUACCUGAGGACCUAGUUUAAAGUGGAUUUCAGAUCACGAAUUUAUUUCCUAGUGUUCUAAUUAUGAUGAAAGUUGAGAAUCCUCUGUCACCCUUUGCAAAACCUUUGAUUUAGAUAUUACACUAAAAAAAGUCUACUGUUACCUAAGGAUGAUCAGAAUUUAACAUUGUUUCUCAAAUAUGAGUUCUGCAUAUCUGAAUCUCUGAAAGUCUAAUCUGCUCCCUCCAGGAGAGUUCAGAAGCCCUGCUAGUGUAAUGGGAAGCUUGACACACAUAUGGAGAAGCUAGAGAUGUGAAAACAGCCUUUAAUUACUAUGUAGACUAUCUAUAGCCAUGUACAUAUUACAAGCAUGACAAGCUCAAAUAGCUAUGAGUCACCAUGACAGGAUGUUGAUUAUGCUUACAUUUAAGAACUAUUGGAAUGUCACGGUCAUUCUAUUUUUAGCUUGAGAGUUUAUUUGAAUGUGGUAAACUGAAUCUUACAGCUCACUACAAUCAUUGGGAACUACCUAACAGUAUAAAAAUGAAGAUAAAUGGACUUAGUUUUCGAGGCACAUGUUGUCAGCUGACUUUUUCUGGUGCUGGAGAGUGGAAGAAAGCAGCCAUCUUGACUGCGGUGGAACAAAGUUCAUUCAUGUCAGACUAGAAAGCUGUGCCAAAAACUCCAAGCGAUGAGAAUUCAUAGGUGUCCUAGGUACAGAUGAGCACUUAUAUGAUUCUCUUCUUUCCUGUUUACUGCAAAUUCUGCCUUAAGGCUUCUUCUCAUCAGGAAUCAGAAGCCACUAAUUAUAAAGGAAAGGGCAGUUAGUUGGCACAUUUUUCUGUCUGGAAAGCAGCUCUUUCAGGUAAGAAUUAAUAUAAAUCUGCUUUUGUAAAUUGCAACUUUAAAUUUCAUUGACUCGAAUUUACAGCAGCUUUGUAUACCAGAAGAGGUUUUGGUAAGAGUUGAACAUUUUUAAACCACAACUUUAAAACAUCAUUGACAGAUUAUGGAUUAUGUUACACACACACACACACACACACACACACACACACACACACACACACACACACACCAUGUAGCUAAAUUAGAAAACAUGAUUUUCAAUUUUAUAUAACUACUGAUUAUUAAUAGUUAAAAUUCAUUUUUUUCUUUUAGUACUUAAAGACAUUAUUUAUUCCCCUGGAACAUGCUAAAGUUAACAGUGUGUUUUUGUCAAAACCAAAUUACCUUUGACUGACACGUACAUUAGCAGUUAUUAGUUGACUUUUAAAAUUAAACGCAACUUCAUGAUGAUGUUUUUGUAGAAAACUAAGUAGUCAAAUAGUGGCAUUUCUUGCAAUUUUGUACAGUAUUUGAGUAUAUAUAGUGCAAAAGAGGUCUGUUCACAAAAUCAAUAAAAGGGGCAUCUUCUGAAAUAAGCAAACUCAAACAAAAAUAUACCUGCUGUUCUUUUGCCUCAUUCAACUUUUUGAUUUUCUUUUCUAGUGUGGUUGAUUCUACUAUGUGCUUUGCAUGAUUGUAUUAAUACCAGGGUCACAGCUGCAUCUUAUUAACAGAAUUCGCUAUAAAGACAGCCUUGACAUUAAAAACUUCCUCACGAAAAGUAAUUCAUAAACCUUAAUAAAAUUAUUACAUGAGCCAAUAAAUGUAUUUUGUUAAUUCCCUUCCAGUCACAUCUUCUUUAUUAUCUAAAUAAUUUUAAAGUGUGAAUAUCAUCCACACAAUGAAAUAAAAGAUACCUGUUUUCUUAAAUACUUAUACAUUGAAAAAUCUCGAGAAAAACUUAGGGAAAGUUGCAGCUGUGUGUGAAAGACUGUAAUAUUUGAAGAAAAGUUGUUAAGAUGCUUUCUGUGGUGUGUGUGGCCAAUGCAUUAAGAAAAAUUUAGGGUGGCUGAAGAGAGCCUAAAGGUUAUCAGUACAUAUUCCUCUUGCGGAGGACUUGAUUUCAGUUCCCAGCACCCAGACAAUGGCUCACAAGUGCCUGUGACCUCAGCUCCAGAUCUGACACUCCUUGCAGGACUCCAUGGGUACCCUCAAAUAUGUGUGCACAUACCUCAUUCCACAUAAUUAAAAAAUGAAAAUGAAUAGAUUAAGCCGGGCGGUGGUGGCGCACGCCUUUAAUCCCAGCACUCGGGAGGCAGAGCCAGGCGGAUCUCUGUGAGUUCGAGGCCAGCCUGGGCUACCAAGUGAGUUCCAGGAAAGGUGCAAAGCUACACAGAGAAACUCUGUCUCAAAAAACCAAAAAAAAAAAAAAAAAAAAAAGAAAAUGAAUAGAUUAAACUUAUACCAUGCCCCUUUAUUCUCUAUAAGUUUCAUUAUUAUAAAUAUGUACAAAUGUAAAAAUAGUUCUAAAUAGUUUUCCACAAGUAAUAAGAAAAGAUCUUUCUGCUGUGAUUAUGUUGAUGGUAGAACUUUUGCUAGUUUUUUUUUUUCAGAUGGAGUAGAAAUCUUACCAUUAUUGUGAUUCCUUGAAAUAACAGAAUUAGAAUUUUUUUCAUUUCAGUCACAAAAAUCAUAUUUGACUCUAAUAACAUUCUCAUACAAAUUUAUCACUGUAAGAGCACUUUUCAGAAGAGAUAUAUCAUAUAUUAAUAUUUGCUUUUUGACUCACCAAAUGGUUGGUUAAUAUGCUCUAAUGCUGUAUAAAGACUUAGACAGUCAUGGCGCGUGCAGAAUGUACUUGUAUAGAGAGAUGUAAGCACAUUAUAUAGCGACUUCUCCAGCUGUCACUUACUUUUACUUACUGUUUUUACACUCCCUCAGUCCUGUAUAAACAUCAUUGGUAUUUCAGCCACAUACUCCAGGUGAAGAUAGUGUAUUCUUUUCCUUAUAAAUAACUAAAGACUUCUAUAAAUCUGUAAAUUAAAUUAAUACUGAGAAUUUAUGUGCCUACUAUGCUAAAAUGUGGGCUGUUUUCUUUUUUCUCCUACUUUCUUUAACAAUAAAUAUGGUAAUAAGGUAAAUA